AUGAUCAGAACACUUCGGAAUUCUGAGACUACCAUGAUAUCAAAUUGGCUUGGUUAUGAUCAAAAUGGUGGUGGAAUGGAUAUGGGUGGAGGCAUGGGAGAAAUGAGAUCGGAUAUGUGGAUUAACCAAAAUAUCCCCGGUGGUGUUAACAGUUUGGUAGGUGAGCGACUUGAUAACUAUGCGGCUGAAAAUCCAAAUCCAACAUAUGGGCGAAUAUACGGAGGUGCUCUUGAUGUCGGAGAUUACGGUGGUGGAUAUGGUCAGCAACAUGGAGGAUGGAAAAGUUAUCUUUUCGAACAAUAUAAACUUAAACUACUCGAUUUUCUCGAAAAACUCAUACUAAUAGAGAGUUAAAUUGUCUGUCAAACACCAUAUGGUCUACCCAAUAGAUAUUUGACAGGCCCCUUCCCAGAAUAUAUUACAACAGGUGAUUUCAACAACGAUGUCAAACUAAAGCUAACAGUGACCAACGCAGUUGACAACGCUAUCAGUUUGCUAUUUAGCCGUGGAGAUGGAAGCUUCAAUAGUCAAGCAACGUAUCCAGUUGGUUCUUUGCCAAUAUCUAUCAUUGCUGAUGAUUUCCAUGGUAAUGGUAAGCUGGAUCUCGCAUUGGUUAACUACGAUGAUAACAAUAUCGUCAUGCUACUUGGCAAUGGAGAUGGAACAUUCCAAAGGCAAAAAAAGUAUUCUGCUGGUGUUUAUCCAGUAUCUAUCACAGCAGGUGACUUCAAUCAUGGUAGUAAGUUAGAUCUAGCAGUGACUAACAGCUUCGAUGAUAGCACGAUCGGUGUACUACUUGGAAAUGAAGAUGGAACGUUUCAAAACCAAAUAGGCUAUACAGUUGGCGCAUACCCUCUAUCUGUAACAGGAGGUGCUUUUAGAAAUGAUUUCAAGUGGGAUUUGGUUGUGACCAAUGGCGACGAUAACAGUGUGGCUAUGAUUUUUAACUCAUGUUUAUAA